CCCGCCGUAAUUUUUCAGCUUGGGGAUGCUGAUACACAUGAGACUGGAAUCUGCUGGAGCGUGGUACUUUCCCUGGUCCAGCAGACUCAAUUAAUUGAGCCUGCUCCGAUGCACUGCAAUUAAAGCAUAUCAGAGCAGCCUCCUUGGUUGUGCGCAAGUGCCCCGAGAGGUCUCUACUCCAAGACUAUAUGGCACAAGCACAUUUAAAAAUGCCAGAUAGGAAGUGUAUCCUAUUUGCAGAUACUCCCAACAACAGUGACGAGCCACUUAGGGCUUGUUCAAACUUAGCUUCUGUAACCAAUUAAUUUGAAUUUUGUGUUAAAGUGCUGUACAUCCUCACCCAGGAUUGCGGUGAAACAUCUCUCUUAUUAACAUAUACGAGGGGUCAGCAACCCCCCAGCACAUGUACCAAGCAUGGCAUGCAAGGCCAUUUUGCUCAGUGCACAACCACCAGCCCGGGCUCUAAGAAGCUGCUGCCAGCCACAGAGCCCAGGCUGCUCCCAGCAGGCAGCUGGGAGUCUGCAAGCCCUGCUGCAAGCAGACCGGGCUCUGUGAGCCAUCUGCAGCUGCGAGGCUGCAAACAGCUGCUCCAGCAUGUUGGCACUUUGGCACUUUCCAAGAUGGAUAUUGUGGUUUUUUCAGCACUCUGGCCAAAAAAUGUUGUCUACCUCUGACAUAUACUGUUACACCCAUCUUAGAAUCAGGUUUAUUUAACCAUGGGACGAGUUUACUCACAGGAAAGUAAAUUCAGAUGCAUGUCCAACCUGAAGUAAUCAUAGGGCAUCUACCAGAUCCUCCCACUGAUCUGCCACCCUUGCUGACUUCUAAGUAAUCUCUGUACUCCAGUGUCCAUCCUUCACAGAUAUUUAAAAGUUGACAUGCAACCAGGUGCUGUCUUGCUGUUCCAGCUUGUAGGAUCAUUAUUAGAGUCUGGCCUUAUAUUUCACCAUGCCCCGUGGACUGCCUCUUGGUGGCCAAACUGAACACCAUAGUCCCCUGGCAUAAAUCUACAAACAAAUAUCACAGAAGCUGCAGCAUAGAGGGCACAGACAGGCCACUGUUCAACAGUACAAUAAGGCAAAGACACUUAAUCUGGCCUUUAGAAAUACUAGCUGCAAUAGGAACACUGCAGCUAGCAUGGUAUGUGUGACAAAGUGGGUUUCACUCAGGCUAGCCAUCACUGGCCUCCCACCUGCCUCUGGGGAUGCUGCCCGCCUGUCUCACCCACUACGCCUUGUUGGAAAGUUAAUGAGUUGUUAAAUAAGGCGGGAGGCUGUCUGUUUUUCUUUGCACCCCGAUAUUGGGGGGGGGUGUCCACAGCUCCGUACCACCCCUUCACCGCGGCCCAAGCCUCACAGAUGGCAUCCAGAUGUUAUCAGUCACACCACCUCCCCCCUCGGCUCCAGACUUCUCCUGGCAGGACCCUCCUUUGAUCCCUCCGCUCAAGCGGUUUACGCCGCCUUCAUUUGGACUGCCGAGCUCCUUGUAGCUGGCUCCCCCUCAGGCGUUGUCCCCACUCAGGACCUUCGGCCGUACACAGGCUCUGGCCUCACCUCCAAGGCCAGGCAGAGUCCCAGGCCCACAACUCUGGGUGCCCCUCAUGCUGGACACCUGGCCCUUUUGACCUUCUUGGUCCUGGCCCCAGCAUGGACCAGGCGAGGGGACACUCUACCCUCAGCCUCACUAGCCCUACACUCUCUCCGGGUCCCCCUGGAUGUGAGGAGAUGGGGUGACUCGCACCACGACUGGUGCUCCAGGGUCUAACAGGGGACUCUCACUCCCCCCCCGGAGCAGUCGGUCAUGGUACUACUCCGACAUCCUCCUCGGGUGGGCUCAGGUGGCCAUAGCCAUGCCUGGCCUCCUCUACCUCCAAUGUCCUAACCCACCUGAAGGUGGGAGCUGGGGUUAAGACACCCUGACCCACCUUUCACCAGGGUGGUAACUGGCCUGGCAUUUCCUGGGGGCUCCUGUGCCACUGAGAGCCCCAUCAGGCCACCCACUCCUGGCAGGGUGCAGUUUUAGGUCAUGCCCAGGACCAGGAGCCUCCUGACCAUCCCCUACAGCUCCUGCCCUUACCGCCAGGGUGUUACUAGCAGCCCUGCAGCCAGGCAAUGCUGUUGUCUGGCCUUCCAGCAGCAAAAUGCCCUGUUUAUAUGGGCAGCCCUGGAUCCAAAAUGGCUGCCCUCAUCAGGCACCUGAUGGCUGCUAGCUUCAGGUCCUUAAAGUGGCAGGCACCUGCAGUGCCCUGCCACAGUGAGCUAAUGAAGAGCUGGAAUUUGCUUGAAAUACCACCACUCACCAACUGCAUGCUGUGUGGACUCCUUGACUAAUCAUCAAGGCCAGCCUCUCCUUAACCUGGUGAACUUCCAAAGCACACAUAAUCACAGAGAACCAAGAGCACUCUGAACCACAGCCAGACAAUCUGCCUGAACUACAGCUGAAGAACUAAAGUUGUAGAGGGAACCAAGUCCAGUAAGUACAGAAUGAUACAUUACAGUGCAACUUUCUCAGAGGUGUUUGUGUACUGUAGAAACACAGCCAUAUUGAUCCACCUACUCUCUGCCUCCACCUAUAACAACCUCCCUGCUCAAAACAACAGCUGUAUUAUGGAGACUUUAUAAAAUCUCUGUGCUUUGCUUCUACAACUAUGCAAGUAUGCAAACUGUGAACAGGCUCAUGGUGUGCCACCCAUACCAUCUACCAUAAUGCUUAUAGGUCUUUCUUAUCUGCACAGUGACUUCCUUGUCUAGCCCUCAGCACAAUAAAAGGUGGUAGCACCCACAUUAAACAAGAAGCUCUUUGAAGAAAAACAUUUCUAUUCUUUUAGUACGUAUAGAAAAAGAAAAGACAGAAAGUCAAGUUUCCAGAUCCUUCAGAGGAUGUGAACAGCCUGCAGUUAUACAUAAACUAUUACUAGCUUGCUUCUGCUUUACUGUCUAGCUAGCCACCAGGCCUUAGAACUUCCCUCUCUAGCCAUUCCCUCACUUCACAGGUCCAAAUAUAAGGAAUGUGGCUGAGUCACAAGGAUAGAAGGGUGUUUAUGCAACUCCUGGGCAAAUGCCCUGGGUAUGGAAUUUCAAAAUCAGGAGGAGAGAGAGGAAGUAAUAUUUAAUCACUGUUGCAUGGAGACUACAACUUUUAUCAGUAACAUCUUUUUACUUUCUUUAUAGCACCUGCAUGAAGAAGAGAAUGAAAGGAAGAUGGUUAGAACAUCACUGAUGCAGCUGCUGAAGAUGGUAGAGAGGCCUUCAUUAAGUACAUGGGCUCAUAAGUCUGCUAGUGAAGACACCACGUGGACCUCAAAACAUUUCACAUACUAUGGCUGACCCUAUCCGAUGGGCCAGAUAUCACUGGCAGCAUCUGGUAUCUGCAGAAGGCCGGGAUGGGAGCAACAGCAGCAGCAACUCAAGUGACAAGUGCUAUCAGUCAACCAAAAUCACUGGCAAACAUAGGAUAGUUAUUCCCUGUUUGGGACACUUUAAAGAAGAGUAUGAAAAGGUAUCAAAAUUGUACAUGAACAACAGAAUACGGACUACAAAGUACACUUUAUUAAACUUCAUACCACGGAACUUGUUUGAACAGUUUCACAGAGCUGCCAAUUUGUAUUUCCUAUUUUUAGUUGUUCUAAACUGGGUCCCACUGGUGGAAGCCUUCCAGAAAGAAAUUACAAUGCUACCUCUAGUUGUGGUUCUCACAAUUAUUGCUGUAAAGGAUGGCCUUGAGGAUUACUCAAAAUACAAGCUAGAUAAACAGAUAAACAAUUUAUUAACAAAAGUAUACAGCAGGAAAGAAAAGAAAUACAUAGAUCAGUGCUGGAAAGAUGUUAAUGUUGGGGACUUCAUUCGACUUUCAUGUAAUGAAAUAAUCCCUGCUGAUAUGGUGCUGUUAUAUUCUACUGAUCCAGACGGGAUUUGUCACAUCGAAACAGCAGGACUUGACGGAGAGACCAAUCUAAAGCAGAGGCAGGUGGUGAGAGGAUUUGCAGAGCAGGUCUCUGAAAUUGACCCAGAAAAGUUUUCAAGUAGAAUAGAGUGCGAAAGUCCCAACAAUGACCUCAGUAGAUUCCGAGGCUACGUUGAACAUUCAAACAAGGAGAGAAUGGGCCUCAGUAAAGAAAACUUGCUAAUGCGAGGAUGCACAAUCAGAAACACAGAAGCUGUUGUGGGCAUUGUGGUGUAUGCAGGUCAUGAAACCAAAGCAAUGCUAAACAACAGUGGCCCUCGUUACAAACGCAGUAAAUUGGAAAGGAGGCUGAAUACUGAUAUCCUUUGGUGUGUUCUUCUUUUAAUUUUGAUGUGUUUAAUUGGUGCUUUGGGUCAUGGACUUUGGUUAAGUAGCUAUUCAGAGAUGCCUUUUUUUAACAUUCCUGAGCCAGAUGGAAAAUCAACUCCACCAGCACUGGCAGGAUUCUAUAUGUUUUGGACAAUGAUCAUCUUAUUACAGGUUUUGAUCCCUAUUUCUCUAUAUGUUUCCAUUGAAAUUGUCAAACUGGGGCAAAUCUAUUUAAUUCAGAAUGAUAUUGAUUUUUACCAUGAGAAAAUGGAUUCCACUAUUCAGUGUCGAGCACUGAAUAUUGCCGAAGACCUUGGGCAAAUCCAGUACAUCUUCUCUGACAAGACUGGAACCCUCACUGAAAACAAAAUGGUUUUCCGAAGAUGCAGCAUUGCAGGACAUGAAUACUGCCAUGAGGAAAACACCAAGAGGCUGGAAUCCUAUCAAGAGGCUGAUUUAGAAGGUGAGGAUUUAGCAGAUGCUCUGUGUAGCUCCUUGAGCCUCAUGCCAAAACAGAAGGAGCACAGCUGCAGGACAGCGAAUGAGCCUUUGAACAGCAAGUCUUCGAAUCAGGCAGCUGCUGGCUGUUCUGCCUCAGAAGGGGAAGAUGGAGCCAGUGACAUUCCAUGCUCAAGACAUGUAGCUUUCAGCAGCCCUAUUGAGACUGAUGUGGUACCGGACACACAGCUCUUGGAGAAAUUCAAUCAAAUUUCCUUUCAUUCCUUUGAACAAUCAGAAGAAACUGAUAGAGAGCAGUCUUUGGAGACAAUGUACAUCACCGACUUCUUUCUGGCUCUGGCAAUCUGUAAUACCGUGGUAGUUUCAUCCCCUAACCAACCACGUCAAAAGAUGAGACUUGCUCCCUUAGGUAGAAUUCCUAUUAAAUCCCUUGAGGAAAUAAAACAGAUGUUCCAGAGGUUAUCGGUCCGAAGACUAAGCUCAUCACCACUUCCAAGUGCAAAAGAAUCCUCCUUCUCCGAGAGCUCUAAUACUUUUGUGGGCAAACUUUCUAUUUUCAGAGUGAAGCUGGCUUCACCUGCUGCUGAGGGGUUUACCCAGAUGGCUAACAUACCCCAGACUGCUGAUAGGCAGCAAAGCCCCAAAGUACCUCCUCCUGGAGAACAAGAUGCAGUAGAUGUAGCUGCAGGCAGCAAAACCUGUGAUCCUGGACCAUAUCUUGAACAAUGUCCUAUAACUACGCUCCACUACGAGGCUGAAAGCCCAGAUGAAGCUGCACUGGUUUAUGCUGCCAGAGCUUACAAAUGCACUUUACAGACUAGGACUCCUGAUCAAGUUACUGUGGACCUGGGUACUUUAGGCUCUUUGACAUUUCAACUUUUGCACAUUCUGCCUUUUGAUUCAGUGCGAAAAAGAAUGUCAGUAGUUGUUAGACAUCCUCUCUCCAACAAAGUGGUGAUAUACACAAAAGGAGCAGACUCAGUCAUUAUGGACUUGUGCAGCGUGCCAACAGAUGUUCAUAGUUCUAAAAUGAAACAAAAGAAAAUUAAGGCGAGAACUCAGAAACAUUUAGAUGAUUAUGCCAGAAGAGGACUGCGCACUUUGUGUAUAGCUAAGAGGGUGAUGAGUGAUGAAGAGUAUGCAGAAUGGUUAAAUAGUCAUUUUUUAGCAGAAACCAGUAUUGACAACAGGGAAGAGCUUCUACUUGAAUCUGCCACAAGGUUGGAGACCAAAUUAACACUCCUUGGUGCCACAGGUAUUGAAGAUCGCCUGCAGGAGGGUGUUCCUGACACUAUAGAGGCAUUACGAAAAGCAGGAAUAAAAAUCUGGAUGCUGACAGGGGAUAAGAAAGAGACAGCUGUCAAUAUAGCAUACACUUGCAGAUUAUUGGAACCAGAUGACAAAGUCUUCACCCUCAAAUCACAAAAUAAAGAUGCCUGCUCAUUGUUGAUGAACAGUAUUUUAGAAGCUAUUCAAAAAAGCAUUGAUGCCAAAAACAGUCACUGUCCCAAACUUGCAAGUGCAUCUCCAGGAACCUCCACUCCAUCUACAGAGUUCAGUGCUGGCCUAGUAAUUGAUGGAAAGACUUUGGAAUACGUGCUGCAUGAGAGUCUGCAGAAUAUUUUCCUGGAGCUCACAGAAAAGUGUCGAGCUGUUGUCUGCUGUCGAGCGACACCCCUACAAAAAAGUGAAGUGGUCAGACUCGUGCGAAAUAAUCUGAAAGUGAUGACAUUAGCUGUAGGUGAUGGUGCCAAUGAUGUCAGUAUGAUCCAAACGGCUGAUACUGGAGUAGGAGUCUCCGGCCAAGAAGGCAUGCAGGCUGUAAUGGCAAGCGAUUUUGCAAUUUCCCAAUUCAAGCACCUUAGGAAGCUGUUGCUUGUCCAUGGUCACUGGUGCUACACCAGGCUGGCCAACAUGAUCCUUUACUUUUUCUACAAGAAUGUGGCCUAUGUGAAUCUACUGUUCUGGUACCAAUUCUUCUGUGGGUUUUCCGGAACAUCAAUGACCGACUAUUGGAUUUUAAUUUUCUUCAACCUCCUCUUCACUUCUGUGCCACCCAUCAUUUAUGGCAUUCUGGAUAAAGAUGUCUCUGCAGAGGUCCUCAUGCAGCUGCCACAGCUUUAUGUGACUGGUCAAAACUCUAUGGCCUACUCACCUUUAACUUUCUGGAUCACCUUGCUGGAUGCCUUUUACCAGAGUAUGGUUUGCUUUUUCGUGCCUUAUUUUGCUUACUGUGGUUCAGACAUAGAUACCUUUUCUUUUGGAAACCCUCUAAAUAUAGCAGCCCUCUUCAUAAUAUUGCUUCACCUCCUAAUUGAAAGUAAGACUUUGACUUGGAUACAUGUGACUGUUGUAGUUGGUAGCAUCUUAUUUUACUUUGUCUUUGCACUGACUUUUGGAGCAGCCUGCAAAACCUGCAAUCCACCAUCAAAUCCCUAUUGGAUCAUGCAGAAACACAUGACAGACCCAGUGUUUUUUCUUGUCUGCCUCCUUGCUACUUGUAUUGCUCUGAUGCCCAGGUAUUUGUUCAGAGUUCUCCAAGGGACAUUGUUUCCUUCUCCGGUACUGAGAGCCAAGCACCUUGACAGACUGACCCCUGAGGAGCAGAGGGAAGCAAUUAAACAAUGGAAAGAUGUCUGCGUUGUGGCUCAUAGAGUUGAUUUCCAGGGGACUUCAUUGUGUUCCAGCUCUGUGGAAGAUGCUGCAUCAGAGAAAAAGCAACACCAACAUAUCAGACAUGUUGCCAGUGCCUAAGCCACCUUUUUCAGACCAGUCCAAGAGACAGUUUACAAAGGCAGCUUGUUUCCUAUCAGGUAUUCAAGUAUUCAGGAUAAGCCUGGGGACAGCUUGAAUUGCAAGAAAGCUGCACUUUUGAACUCCUAAAAGGAAACCUAUUCAGAAGCAUUUGGAGCUAAUAAUGCCUGUGCCAGAGCUCUGGAGUUUCGUUUGGAAAAUGGCAACAUUGAAAUUCCUCUAACCAAAGCAGGUGUGACUUCUGCUUUGUGUGAACAGGAUGUUGGAACAGAUCCUGCAAAGCCAGAAUGUUAACAAUUUAAGAAUCCAAGAAUAAUAACAUUUGUGUUUUGCACUA